UGACCAUACUUGACCACAGCGCACUUUAUUUGCUAUUAAACUAGCUAGCUAGUGUUAACUAACUGUCUGUGGUGUUAACCCAGCUUAUUUCUUCUUCUUCUUCUUCUUCUUCUUGUUAAUCGUUUUCUGGCCUAAGAGUAAAAUGUCUGAGCCCCCGGAGCUGGAGGACAUUGAUAAAUGCUUCACCGUGUUCGACGGCUCUUCUCCGGAGGACGUGUCCCACGCACGGCAGCUGUGGAGCUCAAUGUCUCUCUUGCCGCCCCUGGAAUCCCGGCUGGUGUCCGCGGACAUCAGUCAGAGACUGCCGGUGUCCCGGACGCAGCGCAGCGGCAGCAUCAUGUCCAAACAGCCCGUCGCGCAGCCGCCGAGUGUCCCUGCUCUCCGGCAGAGACGGGAGGAGAGGCAGCGGUAUGUGGCCAUGGCCGACCAGAGGAGGGAGAUCCUGGCUCUGCUGAGGAGGCAGAGGGAGCAGAGGAUCCAGAAGGAGCUGCUGUCUCUGGACUUCAAACCUAACUUGAAGUUCGGCCGAGAUAAAAUAUUGAAAAUGCAAAAACCACCAGACUCUGAGAUGGACGACAAAGAGCUGGUGAAGCAACUGCAGUAAAGGCCCGUGAUUAAGUUUUAAAAAGGCUUCACACAUGUAGAGGAACAAAAAUGUUUAAAAAAAAACACACACACAGUAAAAAUCUGUUUAUAACAUGGUCAGUUUAACUUUAAGCAGAUAGAGUUAGGCCGGUUCCGUUUCUAAAUACGAGAAAUUCCAUGAGAUCUGUUUUUGAGGCUUUCAAAAUAAAGUAGGCCUAUAGCUAGGCCUACUACUGUCCCAACUGAAUAGUCUUGCCACAUAUUCUAACUAAUGUGGACUGGAAAUAGUUCUUUUUGAAGUGUGACACUGUUAACAGUCUAUCUAGUUUUUUUUACAUUUGCUAAUUAGGUCAUAUCCCUAAAAUAAAGUUCAGGCCGAUGAGUGUUGGACAAAUUACAAUUCUCAAACUGAUUAUGGCACCAGAUGAAUUGUCAGAGGAUUACCAAAUUCAUUGAUGUCUUUGGCCACUGUUGAAGGCUCUGCACACCCACAAAGGUGUGUCCGGUUACACUGGCUGAGUAGACCUCUAGUCAGGUGUUUGUUGGUAGGAAAAAGCACAGGUGUAACUGAUUAAUCACUAAAAAAAAAUCAUUAAAGAAGUACAACAAUAAA